CAGUCUACGACUCGGUCCUGCAGCGCCUCUAGGCUGCGGAUCCGCGCUCCAACCACCUGCUCCGCGCUGCGCCCUGGAAGCUGGUAGAAAAGAAAAGGGAGGGAGGAAGCGGAGGGAGGAGGAAAGAGGCAGCUUACACACGCCUUCCAGUCCUUCCACUCAGAGCAGCCCGGAGUGCUGCUGCCACCGCUGCUAUCCUUGCUGCUAUCACGGCCACCGCUGCUGCCACCUGAGGAGACCGACUGGACCCUCCGCGCCCUGUUGCCACCCCUGGAGAUUCCUUCCUAGCACCCAGCUUUUUUAUGCACACCUCCACUACCAUUAUUAUUAUUAUUCCAAGAGAAGAGAAAUAACAGACCAAGAAAAAAGAACCACGUAUACCUUUCCGAAUUAUUCAAGUGUCUCCCGGGAAAAGAGGGUCGCCGGUCUCAGGAGGAGCUGACAAGAGGGACAAGGGCGAGUGUUGAAAGGGAGGGAGGAGGAGUUGGAGCUCUGCGUGGUGGAAAGUUACGUGAGGCGGAGACCCGAAGGUGCAGCGCCACAGCUCAGGGGGCGGUGUGUCUGGGAGAAGCCGCUGCCCCUUGUGUCCCGACCUGCGAGCGCUCCGGCAGGGAAAGGAACGACGCCCCCUCCUGCAACGCGGACUCCUUUGGUGGCCCCCUAGGAGGUGGAGGAAUAUGGCAUCGAAGGCAGCCCCCUCCUGCCGUCUGGUCUUCUGCCUCUUGAUCUCCGCUGCUGUCCUCAGGCCAGGCCUUGGAUGGUAUACUGUGAAUUCAGCAUAUGGAGACACCAUUGUUAUGCCUUGCCGAGUCGAUGUACCUCAGAAUCUCAUGUUUGGCAAAUGGAAAUAUGAAAAGGCCGAUGGCUCCCCAGUAUUUAUUGCCUUCAGAUCCUCUACAAAGAAAAGUGUGCAUUACGACGAUGUACCAGAAUACAAAGACAGAUUGAGCCUCUCAGAAAACUACACUUUGUCUAUCAGUAAUGCAAGGAUCAGUGAUAAAAAGAGAUUUGUGUGCAUGCUAGUAACUGAGGACAACGUGUUUGAGGCGCCUACGAUAGUCAAGGUGUUCAAGCAACCAUCUAAACCGGAAAUUGUAAGCAAAGCACCAUUUCUUGAAACAGAGCAACUAAAAAAGUUGGGUGACUGUGUUUCGAAAGACAGUUAUCCCCCUGGCAACAUCACAUGGUACAGGGGUGGAAAGGUGCUGCAAUCCCUUGAAGGAGAGGUGGUCAUAAUUUUUACAAAGAAAAUGGACCCAGUAACUCAGCUCUAUACCAUGACUUCAUCUCUGGAGUACAAAACAACCAAGGCUGACAUAAAAAUGCCAUUCACCUGCUCUGUGUCAUAUUAUGGACCGUCUGGACAGAAAACAGUUCAUUCUGAACAAGCAGUCUUUGAUAUUUACUAUCCUACAGAGCAGGUGACAAUUCAAGUGCUGCCACCAAAAAAUGCCAUCAAAGAAGGGGACAAUAUUACUCUUAAAUGUUUGGGAAAUGGUAACCCUCCUCCCGAGGAGUUUUUGUUUUACUUACCAGGACAGCCCGAAGGAAUAAGAAGCUCAAAUACUUAUACACUGACAGAUGUGAGGCGCAAUGCAACAGGAGACUAUAAAUGCUCCCUGAUAGACAAAAAAAGUAUGAUUGCGUCAACAACCAUCACAGUUCACUAUUUAGAUUUGUCCUUAAAUCCAAGUGGGGAAGUGACCAAGCAGAUCGGCGAUGCCCUGCCUGUGUCAUGCACGAUAUCUGCUAGUAGGAACGCAACUGUGGUAUGGAUGAAAGAUAACACCAGGCUUAAAUCUAGCCCAUCAUUUUCUAGUCUUCACUACCAAGAUGCUGGAAACUAUGUCUGUGAAACUGCUCUGCAAGAGGUAGAAGGACUAAAGAAAAGAGAGUCAUUGACUCUCAUUGUAGAAGGAAAACCUCAAAUCAAAAUGACAAAGAAAACUGAUCCCAGUGGACUGUCUAAAACCAUAAUCUGCCAUGUGGAAGGAUUUCCGAAGCCAGCUAUACAGUGGACAAUUACUGGUAGUGGAAGUGUCAUAAACCAAACAGAGGAAUCUCCUUAUAUCAAUGGCAGGUAUUAUAGUAAAAUUAUCAUUUCCCCUGAAGAGAAUGUUACAUUAACUUGCACAGCAGAAAACCAGCUGGAGAGAACAGUAAACUCCUUGAAUGUCUCUGCUAUAAGUAUUCCAGAACACGAUGAGGCAGACGAGAUAAGUGAUGAAAACAGAGAAAAGGUGAAUGAUCAAGCAAAGCUAAUUGUGGGAAUCGUCGUUGGCCUCCUCCUCGCUGCCCUUGUUGCUGGCGUCGUCUACUGGCUGUACAUGAAGAAAUCAAAGACUGCAUCAAAACAUGUAAACAAGGACCUUGGUAAUCUGGAGGAAAAUAAAAAGUUAGAAGAAAACAAUCACAAAACAGAAGCCUAAGAGAGAAAUUGUUCUAGUUGUUGUCCAGAGAAAAAACUAUAUAGGCCAAUUGAAGCAUGAACGUGGAUUGUAUUUAAGACAUAUACAAAGACAUUGACAGCAAUUCGUGGUUCAAAUAUUAACAGUUCAUUCUACCAAGCUGUCACAGGAUUUUAGAGAAUUAUCUCAAGUCAAACAAUGAAAUGAAAUUACAAACAAUAACGCGUUUUGGCAGCCAUGAUGAUAGGUCAUUUGUUAUGUUUGAUUUGAUAUUUUUUUUCUGUAAAUGUCUGCACUGAGGAUUUCCUUUUGGUUUGCCUUUUAUGUAAAUUUUUUACGUAGCUAUUUUUAUACACUGUAAGCUUUGUUCUGGGAGUUGCUGUUAACCUGAUGUAUAAUGUAAUGUUUUUAUUUCAAUUGUUUAUAUGGAUAAUCUGAGCAGGUACAUUUCUGAUUCUGAUUGGUAUCAGUAAUGUCUCAAACUUUCUCACAAGCGCCCAAAUCCCAAAGGUGGCAGCUUGUGAAGGUUGGGGAUACACAUAUUGCCCUAUUCCAAAACUGUGAUUUUUUUUUUUUAUCAUGAGAUGGGGAGGCAGAGAAUCAGACUGAUAAGCACCAGAUGAGCUGAUUUUGUGUAUGGACCACCAGAAGACUCUCAGAAGUAAAUCACACACACAUAUGGACACAGAUACAUAAAAAUGGUACUCCCAAACUGACAAUGUUGCCUACACUGAAAAAAAAAAGGAACAGAAUUUGGGUAGCAUUUACCUUUAGAGACACCUGCUAGUAAUUAUUUUCUGUCAAAAAAAAAAAGAAAAACUACGUAUGAGAGACAGUUUGAAAAAAUCUUGGAUAAUAUUUCCAUUUUCAUAGAUCAUGUUAAUCACCGUAUUGAAAAAUUGGUGUUAAAUCCUUUGGGUUAUCCACUGCCUUAAAAUUAUACCUAUUUCUUUUAAAAAAAGAUAUCAGUCAGAAUUGGAGAUUUUUAACAGUGGUCAUUAUCAAAGCCGUGUUAUUUUCCACAGAAUAUAGAAUAUAUAUUUUUUUCGUGUGUGUUUUUGUUAACUACGCUACAGAUAUUGAAUGCACCUUGAGAUAAUUUAGUGUUUUUAACUGGUACAUAAUUUAUCAAGCAGUACAUAAAAGUGUAAUAAUAAAAUGUCUAUGUAUCUUUAGUUACAUUCAAAUUUGUAACUUUAUAAACAUGUUUUAUGCUUGAGGAACUUUUUAGGGUGAUAGUAUAAAUGAAAACUUUUUGAAGUAGACUGGAUAUGAGCCAAUAGCUACUUGUGACUAGACUUUUAAACUUUGCUCUUUCAAGCAGAAGCCUGGUUUCUGGGAGAACAUUGCAGUCAUUCUUAUCCCAGGAUUUACAUAACUUUAUUUAAAAAAAAAAAAAUGAACAUCAGAUUUCCAGGUAUAGAAACGAGUUCUUUGGAAGGAAAAGGAAAACUGGUGUUUGUAUUUUUAGAUUGAUGGAAUAAAAAAUUAUGAAGCCAAUGAAAAAUAAAUUGAGGAUUAAAGUCAGAUGGAGAUUAGGAAUAAUAUUUUGCCACUUCUGCAUUAUUUCAAAACACACAUUAUAAUACAUUUGUAAACCAUUUACUGUCUGGGCAUUAGUGACUCAGUUUAAUAAAAGCUUCCUGUAGUGCAUUGAUAUGAAUUAAAUAUAUAAAAUAUUCUAUUAAACUCAAUGCUUUGUAAAAUAUUAUGAGGAAAAAGAAAAUAUGUUAUUUUGCCUCUAACUUUGAUUUAUUGAAGUUUUAUUUGGCAGAAAAAAAAUAUUGAAUCUUGGUCAAUAUUUAAACCAAAGUGAAAGGGGAAAAACCAAAGUUCUUUGUUUUGCAUGGCCAAGCCAUUCUGUUAUCUCUGUAAAUACUGUGAUUUCUUCUUUUUUUCUUUUCUCUUUAGAAUUUUGUUGAAGAAAUUCUAAAAUUUUUAAACGCCUGCUUUCCACAAUAAAUCAUGAACACUAAAAUGAAAAUACUUCCAUAUAAAUACUUUUUCUUUUUUGCUUUUGGUGUGGGAGAUCAAAGGUUCAAAGUCUAACUCCUCAGAUAUAUUUGCAGAAAGAAGCACUGUGACAAUAGAGAGGGUUAUACUACAAUUAUUUCUUGGCUUCCACUUGCUAUGGUUAACUAAAUCCAAAAAUAGCUAUUAGAACCUAGAGAGCAGAACAUUCAAAACUCAGAACUCUGGACUGAAAGCAGAUAGUUUGCUGGGAAAAGGGAGAAUGGCAUUAUUACUAUUGAAUCAAUGUCUGGAUUAAAAAAAAAAAGAACGCAUAUUUGUGUAACAGCAGAGAUAUGCACAGCGAGGCUGAGAAGGAAGAUCAUGCACAAUCCUCAACUUCUGAGGUUACGUCUCUCCAGUUUAACUCUUUGGCAACAGAAGACAGGUUUUGCUGGUUCGAGUUUCACUUUCAAUCUGUGUUACAGGAAUUGUAUGUGGAAAUUGAUUAACAUAUCCGUCUAUACGUAAAAGAUAAUAAAACUGAAAUAUGUCUUCACAUA